CCACUUCAUUACAUGCUACUUGUUAAUCAGCGUCUAUCCAAUUUAUCACCCAACACCUGACAUUUUUUUUGAUAAUACCUGUCCUAUUUACAUUUUCUGUUUUGAUUUUCCGAAAAUAGAAAUAACGAUUUUAAAAAUGGCUGUAGAAACAGGAAGUAUGAUCUAACAAUUGAAGGAUAUUGAAGAAUUGAAAAUGAAAAAAUAUGAGUGAUGAAGAAGAAAUAGUUGGAAGUGAUUUUAUAGGAUCGGAUGAUGAAGAGAAAUCAGUCGAAGCUCUUGAACUUAAGUUGCAAAAAAUCCUGCAAGAAAAAGAAAAGUUAGAAAAACAGAAGAAAAAAGAUGAAUUACUGUCAAAAAUCAAGCAAGCUGAAGCCGCUCUGUCGAACUUACAGACCUUAGCUGAACCUUCAAAAUCUGAAGUCGACUCAUGGACAACAGAUGAAAUAAGGCAGUUCUUUCGAAGAAAAGGAAUCAUAGUCAAGAACAAACCAUUGGAGCAUCUAAGAAAAUUGGCAAAGUCUGUAAUUGACAGUAAAAUCCCUGAUCAUAAGACAACCGCCCCUUCUGAAAUAAGUAAACGAACUAUAAAUUAUAACGGAAAAGACCUCACAUUUCCAGGUAUAAAAGACAAAUCGUUAUCAAAUUGGUCAGAUGAUAUAUCAUCUUUGCCAUCAGUUGAUCAUGUACAAGCACAUGCGUACAUAAUAUCGUCUGCUGAGUUCGAUCUUGAGCGAUUCCGAAAUAUACAGAAGGAGGAUAGCUACUUGUUAUAUAAAGGAAAUGCCAUAAAAAAAUGUAAAGUACAUAAACUAGAUGAAGGCUUUUGUUAUGUUACAUGUAAUUGUAUGUCUAGUAAAAACAGUCAAACGAAUUUAGAGGUUGUGUGGACCUUAAUUCAAAAUGAUGGAUGUAUACAGACAGCCGGUUGUUCAUGUGAUGAGGGUAGUGAUUGCUGCAUGCAUACUAUAGCUUUAAUGUUGACCUUAGCAUCGUUAAACAAGAGCAAUAAUUAUGCGGCGGAUAAGGUACAGCGAGUUGAUAUAGGGACUAAACUAUAUGCAAAUCGAAGUUUAACAAAUCUACAGCAUGGUAAAGACGGCUUCUCUAAGACAAAUUAUCUAGGAGAGGAAAUGAAAGAAUCACGUCGUAAUAAAGUCUAUACAUAUCAAUCAGAGGGGAGCGAAGAGGAAGAGGAGGCGGCACCAGAAGUAUGGGUACCUCCAACAAUGCUAGAAAAUAAAUCAGCUAUAGCCGAUAGAAUCAACGAAUCACUCAGCAAGCAAAAUGACAGAUCAAAUCCUUUAAGAAAGUCACACAACAAUUAUACUUUUCAGCGGUUUGAACCUAAUACUUCUGAGAAAGGUAAUUUGGAUCCUAAUUCUCCAAAGCUCCAUAUGUUGAAUGAAAAAAGCACCGGAGAUGCAACAUCUAUAAAUCAAUUGCAGUCCAAGUUUGAAGCUAGACUGACAAAAAGUCCUAUUGAAGUAAAAAUUGAAGGUGCAGGGAAAUCAAGUGAAAUAUCUGCACACAAUCGAGAAACGCAACUAAAUUCCAGAAUUCUUCACAAUAUCAAAGAGAUUGAAAAACCACGCAAAGAGUCAACCGAACCAAAACCCCUUAUUCCAUCCAGAGAAAAUGUACUUAGUAAUCUUAAAGAACAAUCCAUGAAAAGGGAUAGGCAACAAACCGUUGGUAAGAUUCCUACUUUGCAGGAAAAUGCACUACAUUCAAAUACUAUUAAAACUACUGGAAACGGUGGAAUGAUAUUUAAAAACGUUCCUCUUAAAAGUGGCGAAAUAAAUAUUUCACAUAAACCAAUGACGAAUAGCGAGAAUCUACCUGUCAACACAUGCAUUACUAUGCCUACUUCAUCAAAGUCUUAUCCACAUGCAACAAGUAUAGAACAAACAACUGUCCACAUACCAGUCACGCCUUCAGUAAGGUCUCAACUGGGAUUUGCAAACAAGUACCCAUUGCAUGUAACGGAUCCUCAACAGAAACCUAUCUCUGGAUUGGGUUACCCCAUGCAAGUUAACUCAACUGCCGUACCAACAGAUGUAUCUACAUAUACGACUGGUCAAUUACCUAAACCUUCAUCAUCAUAUCUAUACCCUCAGCAGACUAUUGCGUCUACUGUUACCCGAGGGUAUAAUCCGGUUUACCAACCAACGGUACCUGUACCACUUGUUUACCCAGCAGCACCAGUGUUAUUCCCAGCAGAACAACCACAUGUGAAUUUCAUGUCAAAUGUUGCUCCAGUUUCAAAUCACAAUAAACCUCAAGUGAUAAUGGAUCCGCAACCCGGUUUGUUUGGUCCUCGUUAUCCAACAGCAUAUCCGUAUUCUAGUUCAAAUGCUUCUUUUCCGACGCCACUGGUGUAUCCUUCCGAUGAAACAAGAAGUGUUAAAAACAAACAAUCUGUCCAUACAUUUGAUAUUGUUGAAACUAAUUCUGACGUUCAAAAACCAAAAGUAUGCAGAAAAGAUCGAUUCAUGACGCCAGCACCAACGUUAGAUGAAAAUAAAGAGUCCUCAAAACCUUCUCUCUCUGACAGAUGUUCGUCAAACACUUCAGUAGCCGCGACGAAAGUGCAAAGAAUAACCUAUGAUAGAAAAUAUCUAUUGAGACUCCGGAGGUCUGUGUUUUCACAACGUAGACCAGAUAACAUUGAUCAUAUACCAGAAAUACAAGUAGUUUCGGUAUAUGAUGGAACGCCUGUUACAUAUCGUCCAUUUACUUUUACUCCUGGAUAUGUAAAACGUGCAACGGACAUGUCGAUACCAGCUACAGACAAACCUGCAGUUCGUUCUAAACCAAAACGAAAUCCGUUACCUGAUGCUGAUGCUCACCCUGGUGCCGUUUCUAUACAACCACAGAUGAGUACAGAGGAAAUAAUGCGUAAAGCGAUAGGUGCAAUUAAUAUGGUGAAACACGGAUGUGAUUCAGCUAUGGUUGUAAAGGUGAUAUCAGAUCUUCCAAUCAAUACCGAGGAUGCUUUGAGUCGUAUUGUGAAUUUGGUUGUUGAUACGGCAGUCGAUGAACCGAGUUGUUUAUCAGUAUGUACAAGUCUUUGUCGCACAUUAUCACGUGCAAAGGUGCAGUCAAGGAAUGAUCCUGGUGAAAGUGUUACAUUUUCGACUACAUAUAGACAAAAAUGUACAAAGGAGAUAGAACAGGGAAUUCUUAGUAGAUCUACAGAGUCUUACAACAGAAGGAUAGAAGAAAUAGCCAGAUUUACAGGGAUCAUUGCUCGUUUAAUACUUCUGAAGACAUGUGAUAUCCAUUCUAUACUAAUGAAGUUUGCUCAGACUAAAUCAGAACACUGUUUAGAAUGUUUUUGCACAUUGUUAACGGAUGUCUGGGAGAGAAUGGUGAAGUGUACAUCUGCAAAUUAUCUUGACCAAUAUUAUGAAGUGAUUGAUGAAGUGUUAUUGUAUAGUGAAACACAUGCAGCAUUGAAAUAUAAGUUAGGACAACUGAAAAGUAAACAGCGCUAAGUUUGAAAGGUUAUAGAGCUACAUUUUGCUUAGGACUUUCUUUGUUUAUUAAAUGCUAUAUUUUCUGUACAUUGCAAAACAUAAUAUAUUACUUUUAUUGUAUUAUUCGUGAAAUAAAAAUUAAAAUAUGCAAAAUGGU